GCGGGACUUCCUGCGCGGGAGCCGGAGGGGCUCCACAGUCGCGCCCGCCGUGGUCUCGGCUCGCGUGGCGGCGGCGGCGGAGCGUCUCGGUGAGGAGGUGCGCGGGGACAUGACGUCAGCGUCCACAAAGGUCGGAGAGAUCUUCUCCGCGGCCGGCGCCGCCUUCACGAAGCUCGGGGAGCUGACGAUGCAGCUGCAUCCCGUGUCUGAUUCUUCCCCCGCGGGUGCGAAGUGGACGGAGACGGAGAUAGAGAUGCUGAGGGCUGCUGUGAAGCGAUUUGGGGACGAUCUUAAUCACAUCAGCUGUGUCAUCAAGGAACGGACAGUGGCUCAGAUAAAGACCACUGUGAAACGAAAGGUGUAUGAAGAUUCUGGCAUUCCCCUUCCAGCUGAGUCACCCAAGAAGGGACCCAAGAAGUUGGCAUCUGGUGUCCUGUCACCUCCUCCAGCUGGCCCUCCAUCCAGCAACUCCAGUGUCACUGAGGCAGGGGGUCCCCCCAUAAAGAAACAGAAGGCUGAUGUGACCCUUAGUGCUCUGAAUGACUCCGACGCCAACAGUGACCUGGUGGAUAUUGAAGGGCUAGGAGAAACUCCUCCAACCAAGAAACUCAACUUCGACCAGGGGGACUGGAGAAGGGAAGGUGCUCUCGCAGUACAGGAGAUGGGACAGCCUGACGCAGGAUUCUGGCCUCCUCACAACCUCCACUGGUGUUCCUCUGCUCUCCUGCUGAGCCUUCCACCCGACCCUCUCACUGUUCGCUCUGGACCUGUGGAUUGCCCGGGAGUGGAGCAAGGCCCGCAUGAGAGAGGGUCAUAAGGCUGCAGGGGUGGCCACCUGGCUAUUGCUGAUAACUGUCUGCUCCUACCCCCUGACCUCUGUGUGAUGGACAUUUUUAUAUAUAAAAAUAAAGAAUUCUGUCAGCAUGGUA